GUCAACAAUACGUCGUCACUCGUCAGCGAACUUUCGAAUUUGAACUAGUUUUGCAGUGUCAUUCAUUAGCUUAAAACUUGUGCCAUGUCUGUUAAACUUUACCAUUUUCCUAUCAGCGGACCCUCAAGGGGAGCCUUGCUCGCAGCCAGAGCAGUUGAAGUGCCAAUAGAUGUCGAAAUUAUUAAUUUAUUUCACAAAGAACAGUUCAAACAAAGUUUUCUGAAAAUAAAUCCUCAACACUGUGUGCCCACGUUGGACGAUGAUGGUUUUAUACUAUGGGAAAGUCGAGCUAUUGCUUGUUACUUAGCUGAUAAAUAUGCGAAGGAUGAUCAGUACUAUCCGAGGGAUUUGAAAAAGCGCGCACUGGUCAACCAGAGAUUGUUUUUCGACAGUUCUUCUUUGUAUGUGAAGAUAAGGGCUAUUUGUUUCCCAAUAUUAUUUCUAGGGGAGACAGAGAUUAAGAAGCCAUUGAAAGAUGACUUGAACACCACUGGGUUUUUGAACCAGUUCCUGGAAGAGAGUAAAUGGGUAGCUGGUGAUCAUCCCACCAUUGCAGACACUUCAAUUUAUGCAUCACUGACCAGCAUCCUAGCUGUUGACUGGGAUAUUACAAGUUUCCCUAAUAUAGUGAGAUGGGUGGAUCAAUGCUCCUCUUUGCCAGGAGCUUCAGAAAAUAACAUCGGAGCAAAAGCCUUUGGUGAGGCAGUCAAAAAGAACCUACACUAAAACAAGCAUUUUUUUACUUACAAAAUAUAUUUUUGUUACAUGUUAUAUGUUAUUGUUAAACUUAUUUAAUAUACAACAAAUUGGCUGCAAUAUAUUAUUAUAAA